UCAAUUUUUCUUCUCUUCCACGGUCACACUGAACACGAGUAAAGGCUCAGCUCAGCCCACAGCUCAGUUGUCAGUUCAGGAUACACACCUUCCUUCCGACGGUGACGACAACGGCGCUUGCAUAAUGAAAAUCUGGACGUCAGAGCACAUUUUUAACCAUCCUUGGGAGACGGUCACGCAGGCGGCGUGGCGCAAGUAUCCUAACCCGAUGACGCCCUCCAUCAUUGGCACGGACGUAGUCGAGCGCCGAGUGGUGGACGGCGUGCUGCACACGCACAGGCUGGUGCAGUCCAAGUGGUACUUUCCCAAGUGGACACACGCGCUGAUAGGCACGGCAAAGACGUGCUUCGCUAGCGAGCGCUCCACGGUGGACCCGGAGCGCAAGCAGAUGGUGUUAAAGACAAACAACCUCACAUUCUGCCGCAACAUCAGCGUCGAUGAAGUGCUCUACUACGAGCCGCAUCCGGCGGACGCCAGCAAGACGCUGCUCAAACAAGAAGCCACCGUCACGGUGUUUGGCGUCCCGCUGUCUCAUUACAUGGAGGACCUACUCACCUCGACUAUCAGCACAAACGCAAGCAAGGGUCGCCAGGGUCUGGAGUGGGUGAUCGGGCUGAUCAAUACAGAGGUCAAGGGAAUCGCUCGCGGCACGGACGAGCUGAUACACGAGGUCACGGAAAGCGCCCGCAAAAGCAUGGACGAGAUUAGCGUGCAGGCCGCCAAGGCGGCGAAGGCAAUGCACAUUACGUAGAUGCAUAUGCAGCGGCGGCAAGGCGACAGUGGAAGGUCGCGAGCGGGCUGAUUAGUAAUGAAUUAUUUAAGUUGGCGCUAGGUCGCCGUUUUAGUACAACAAUAAACCGAUGGCAAGAUAGAUAACCAACAACGCUUGGCUCAACAAUUAGUUGUUUUCUCAAGCCUUAAAUAUAUUUAUUACCAAAAAUCUUUUGAAUGACUCGGUUAUCAACCAAGUCUGUCGGCUGUUGGCCGAUAUAAAUGGCCCUUAGACCUGGCCAAAUUUAUAGCGACAAAUCAAUAUUGAUAAGGUACAUGGGCAAUGUACGUUUUGCAUACCGCCACAGAAACAGAAAAGCAAUUAUAUUUGCCUACAAGUUUUAAACUAAAUUUUGUUAUUUUAUUUGAUCGCUUUACCGCCAAAUUGUACUGUUUAAUGAAUUUCAAGUCCUUGUGUAUAUAAAUAAAACUGAAAAAACCUUA